UUACAAGUGUGCUUCAUUGGCGCGGGUGGGCAACAUCAAUCUGUCACAGCAGAGCUGUCUUACAUAAGCGCAAAAGGUGCAUGUAGGAGGAGUUAAUGGGAUGAAGCAAAAGGUGCAGGUAAGGCAACACAGCCAAAGCAGGAGAAGGAAACUGCCAGUUUAGAUUGUUGUGAAAAUAUGAUGGAGUUGAGUUGGCAAUCAUGAAUACCAUGCCACCUUCUCCACUAAAAACCCCCUAUGAACCAACAAAUCUCUCUCUCUCUCUCUCUCUCUCUCUCUCUCUCUCUUCCCACUCUGCAGUCUGCACUCAUAAACAAGUUUACAUGCAAACCAACACUCAAAACUCACUCUAAGUCAGACCAGAGUUUCUAUAAAGCCAGAGCAGAUUAGCCUUUGGUUUCUCAGACACUCAACUUCAUCUCUAUCUCUCUCUCUCUCUGGGAAGGAAGAAAUGUCUGGGACAAGACUGGAGCAGCAGCUCAAGAACUUCAUCCGCUCCUUGCGUGAGCAGGGCAUUUUGGACCACCGCUUUAAUCAAAUGAAAGAGUUAGAAAAUGCAACUCCUGGUCUGGUUAUGGAAGUGAUUACCCUGGUCCUUCGCGAUGGUGACGCUGGCAUAGAAGAACUCACAAGAAAUCUGAGACAACGUGAUAUCAACUAUCCUAAGGUGGCAGAUCUUGCCCACAAGCUCAAGGGAAUUGGCUCCAGUGUUGGAGGUUGCCGGGUUUCUGCUGCUUGUGUUGAGCUCCGACAAGCAAGUAAUGCGAAAAACAAACAAAGGUGCCUUGCGGACUUCGACGCAGUCAAACGUGAAUAUCUUGUCUUGCGGGAAAGUUUGAAUCACAUUCUUCAGAUGGAACGUACAAUCAAUGCUGAUGAGCCCAAAAGGCGACGUGAGUAAAGAGCUGGUUCGUUCGGCCUUCUAAAAACGUUGUCUCCAGAAGAUCAGAUGGUUCUUUAUAUUGGCUAUGUGAUAAGUUUAUUGCAGCUGAGCUUAGUAUCUUUUAUGGACAGGUUCAUGACUUGUUUAGUGUUGCAUUUGGUAUUUCAAUAAGUUCACCAGUACUGUGAAGUGAACAUAGUGUCUUGUUAUCUCUGAGACUGCU